AUGCAGAUCUUCGUCAAGACCCUCACCGGCAAGACCAUCACCCUUGAGGUCGAGUCCUCGGACACUAUUGACAACGUCAAGUCCAAGAUUCAGGACAAGGAGGGCAUUCCUCCCGACCAACAGCGAUUGAUUUUUGCUGGAAAGCAACUUGAGGAUGGUCGCACUUUGAGCGACUACAACAUCCAGAAGGAGAGCACUCUCCAUCUCGUCCUCCGUCUCCGUGGUGG